CGCAGACCGGAAGAUACACACCACUGGAGAGAGCUGCUGUGAGAAAGGCUUUCUGAAAAGAAAACAAUGUUUUAGUUUUCAGAAACAUUUGUCUCAGUUGUCACCACCCGGACUAAUGUUUCUGACAAAGAAAACCCUCAAAACCACAGUGAGCAUUGAGCUAACUUGAAGUUUCACCCACGAGCUGAACUUCACCGUUGGCCGUGGAGAGGGACGCACCGGUAUCAGGGGACUUUCUAGCGGGUAAACACCUGGAAAUGGACCGAUACAGGUACUUCGUUUUCAACCAGAGGAGCGUGCUCGUUCUCGGUGUCCUCCAGGUGGCUUGUGCGGCUCUUUGUGUGGUGUGUGGCUUCAUGGACGCUGUUUUCCGCAAGGAUACCCCACUGAGUACCACCAGGACCCCGGUGUGGGGAGGACUGGUCAUGGCCUCUCCAGGUGUGCUGGCGCUGUUUGCCUCCCAGAGGAAAAACUCAAGACUGGUGAGUGUGAUGGUGGUAGCAGCAGGACUCUCCUGCGUGGCGGCAGUGUUUAUAUCAGGUUACUCCUGUCUGACACUUACCUACGGUGAAGAGGAUGAAGAUGUCUUCCACCACCACGACAGUCCUCAAGUGACGUUUGUGCUUCAUCGGAUGGUGAAAGGGGCCAACGCCACCAUACUGCUGACCUGCACCAUCGGCCUGGUUCUCUCUUCUCUCAUCGCCUAUGUGGGCUGCCGUAGUCUUCCCAGCUGUGGCUGCUACGAUGCCAGAACGGGAUUGGAAACACUGGUUCCUCAGUGUGACCCUGGGGACACUGAGAUGGUUUGUACAUGGCAAGCAGGAGGUGAUGACAGGCUUUUCAACUCUCCUGCUCAGUCCACUGAGCGGAGCACCACUGAAGAAGAGGAGGGUCCUUCCAAACUGCCUCCGUACAGCAGACUGACCUGACACACAUUAGAGAGACUGGUCCUAAACAGAGAUAUGGAUGAUAUUUCGUUGAAGUUGUGCCAAUACAUUUCUUAUUUUUUGUGGAUGGAUGGAGGGACGAGACUCAACUGAAGACAUCAGAUUGGAAUGUUGUAAAGAGAUAUUUUGGGGAGAGAUGAGUCGUCUGUGCUCUUGAUUAGACCAUGAACUUUAGACUGUCUUUAUUUCCUCUUUGACCAAAGAUUUCUGUAGCCAAAGAAGUUGAAUAUCUGUAUAUGUAACAUGUCAGAAAUGAAAUGCAUUAUUACCUGUAUGCUGUGUAAAAGUGAGCUAUGUUCCCAGUAAGACGUUAUAUGUGUAUUUAAUAAAUAAAACCUGACUGUGCUGUUUUGAGCAUUGUGUUUUUAAAGA